GAGCCGCCACAGAGUGAGGCGUCACACUGCAGCUCUCCGUUAGCGUGUUUCACGCCGAGACGACGAGUCGCGCGCUUCUCUGCGAAAUUAACCAAUCGUAAGUGAUGAUGUCGCUGCACAAACCUCCGCUCAGACGCAGCGCGUCAACAUUAGAAUCCACCAAUCGUGGAGGCCCUGCUGUGACUCCGCCCUCAUCCCUUAACCUUCGCUCUUCCCACAACCAGCAAUUGGGCCGUAACAUCAGAAAGGAGGGUGUGGUCUCAGUUUCUGCAGAAACACAGGGUUCGGCCCUGCCCCCCAAGAGCCGCCACAAAUACGCCCUGACCAACCUGCAGAGCGCCAUGGGGCUGGAGGACAGUGGCCCCGCCCCUUUCAGUCAAACCCGUAAACCUGCUCCUACAAAAUCUGCCUCUUCUUCUUCGCUUUAUUCAUCCUCCUGCGUCUCGCUCUCAUUCUCUCCAUCCAACCCUAAGCUGGCGAAAAACGGCACCAACCUGCAGCUGAAAGAGACGCAGUUUGACUUUCACAAGAAGGACAAGAAUCGUAACGAUGUCAGUGAUUGGGCAGACUGCUUUGGCAAAGAUAAUGAGAAGGGCGCCCCCUUCAGGCGAAGGACAAAGAGCUUCUUGGAGUACCAUCGCGAAGAGGACGAGGAGUCUUCCAACAGCCCGGGGAAGGAGCCCGAGACUCCGGCUGAGGAGAAGCCGCUCCUGCCGAAGCUGGAGCCACAAGCCUGGGUCAAAGAGAACCGAGUGGAGGUCCACCUCACGCUACCACAGAACCACUUGCUCCUGCUGCCUGGAGAAGAGGAGGACCAGAGCCCCACCCACUCUCACCUGAGCCAGGUGGAGGUGCUUCGCCCCAAAAAGGAGCAGCUGAACCGAGCGAAGGAAGCUGCAGGGGAGGACAUAGGGUCUCCUGCCAGGCCCAGGCUGCAGGUGCUGUCUAGUCUGGGCCAGAGAGCAGAGCGGGCAGAGGAGCCUCCUAGGCAGGAGAAACAAGCAGAGGAAGAAGUGGAGGAAGAGGAAGACUCGAGCUGGACAACUCUGUCUCAAGAGAGUCCGUCCAUAGAGACACCGCAGGAGACAGGUGUAUGGAAUGACUCGGUGCUGCCCCCUGGCUGGAGAGAGGUGGAGGAUGUGUCUGAUGUUUAUUUCUGGCACAUUCCCUCCGGGACCACCCAGCGGGAGCGGCCCAUAACCCCCAGCAACCACCGCCCACCUGAACCUGAUCAGCAGCGGGACAGGGCAAAGGAGGUCACCUCCCUGUCUGUCCCCCCUUCUAAGACACAGAGUGAGAGGCCCAGUAGCAUCGUGUCAGACAGUUCUGUAGAGCCUGUGCCUUCUUCAGCCGCCUCUUCACCUUCUUCAUCCUCACUCUGCUAUGAAGUGUCUGGACCCCCUAGCAGCUUCCUCAAUAACAACUACCUGGACCAGAAGGGGGCCUCCGUGCGUGCUGAGUCCAGGGAACGAGAGAGCAGGAGAGUGGAGGAGCAGAGAGAGCGAGAGAGCAGGAGAGUGGAGGAGCAGAGAGAGCGAGAGAGCAGGAGAGUAGAGGAGAGGAGAGAGAGAGAGAGGGGAUGUGAGGGAGCCCGCUGCAUGCCUUACAGCUACAUAAACCUGAGGGCUAAAGUGCCACAUGCUCCUGCUGAUACAGUCAUCCCUAUCGAUGACCUGGACACGCAGGUGUUUCGUGUGCGCUCUCUGGGCUGGAUGGAGGUUUAUGAGGCGGACAUGGUGGCUGGCCGGAGCAGCGCUGUGGUCAGUGACUGCAUCAGACUCCUUCAGCACCCAGACACACCCCCUCACGCACACACACUCCGCCGGAGAGAGCGAGCGAAUGCGGGCGAGAGGGAGGAGGGGAAAGCGAUGUUAUUGGUUCUUCAGGACGUCACGUUGACCCUGAUUGACCCUGUAGACCACACCCUACUACAUUCUCAGCCAGUCAGCAGCAUCCGAGUGUGGGGCGUAGGGCGGGACCACAGCAGGGAUUUUGCGUACGUGGCUCGGGAUAAGAACACGCGUGUGCUGAAAUGUCACGUGUUCCAAUGUGACAGUCCUGCAGAAGCUAUUGCUGCCAGCCUGCACCAGAUCUGCUCUAAGAUUAUGGCCGAACGGAAGAACGGCAAAGCGGCAGCGGGCGGCUCCUCUCUCCCCGGCUCUGAUGUCCCACUUCAAGAGUUUCCCACACCAAAGACUGAAUUACAACAGAGCUUCCAUGUUCUCUACCUGGGAAUGACUUCAGUGACUCGUCCCAUAGGGAUGGACAUUAUAAAUGGGGCGAUCGACAGUCUGCUCUCGUCCACGGGGAAGGAAGACUGGACGGCAGUGCUGCUCAAUGUGGAGGAUGCUACAGUCAGCGUUAUCAAAGAGAAGGAGGAGGAGGAGGAAGUCCUGGUGGAGUGUCGUGUGCGUUUCCUGUCAUUUAUGGGUGUGGGCCGUGAUGUGCACACCUUCGCCUUCAUUAUGGACACAGGGAACCAGCACUUCCAGUGUCACGUGUUCUGGUGUGAACCCAAUGCAGGAAGUGUUUCAGAGGCAGUGCAGUCUGCCUGCGUGCUCCGGUACCAGAAAUGCCUGGUCGCCCGCUCUCCCUCUCAAAAGGCAGCUUCCUCGUCUCCGCCCCAGUCGGAGUCAGUCACUCGCCGAGUCACCACCAGCGUUAAGCGGGGCGUCCAGUCCAUCAUAGACACUCUGAAAAAGAAGCCGUCCCCCGAGCUGCCCCACCAAUGACAGGGUAGCACGACCGUGACGGUCAGCACAGCCAAGCCGAGACACCGGGAGACCCUGUAAAUAGUUACCAGUACCUCUGUGCAGCCAAGGAGAGAGAACUUACCACAGAUAAACAAACAAAUAAACAAAAGCUAAGAAGGAUGGAAGACGGAGGCCCAGUGGGUGCUGCUUCACCGUUGACCUUUGACCUCUGCCGUUUCAGCACGCUCCCUGAAGCAUGCCUCGGCCACACUCACACAGACACACACAUUUUUAAGCCCAUACUCACAACCACUGACCUGUUUGAAUCGUUUUUCUCGCCAUGCGGACCUGAAGGAUGCCAUGAGCUGCGUGUCAUACUGUUACUGUCACAUUGUUGAUGUAGCUCGUGGAGAUCAUGCUCACAUAAACUCGGCGCCACUACUGUGCUGCAGAUCACCUCUCUGUGUCUGUGCGACUGCAAAUUUGUAAAACCACCAUACUUUACUUCUAUUGGGCCAGAAACAUAUCCAUACAAGUACACAAAUACCAGUGCUUUGAGCUACCUGAUUUCACACAUUGAUGCAUUCUGAAAGGUUUCGUAAGGGAGU